AGAUAACAAAAUGUACAUGUCUAUAGAUAUUUGAUUUAUGAUUUCAUAAAUUUGUAUCUUGUAAUUGUUCUCAAUUGUGAAAAAAAUAUAUAUGGUGAAGAAAAUGAAGCCUUUAAGUAGAUGGACUAUAGUAUUAUUAUUUUUAUUUCUUGUUAACAGUCAAGCUGAAGACGUAAGAUGCGGUCCGGACUGGCAAGUAGUGGGGAAUACAUACUGUUACAGGGUUAGUAACGUACGGAUGACAUGGUACAACGCUGACAAAGAAUGUAAAAAGUUAGACUCCACAUUGGUUAGAUUGAAUGACCAGUCAGUGGUGAGUGACGUUCAAAGUAUUCUUAAGAAUAGUCAGGACACUAGAUGGUGGACAGGCCUUAAUGACCAAAAGGAUCCGAAUGUUUGGGUAUAUGAUCGUGGUCUUUAUGCUGUCAGUGCUGAUAUAAGUAUCAUUAAUUGGAUCAAUGAACCUGAUGACACAAGACAUCUCCAGAACUGCAUUGCAUUAAAUUACCAAGGAAGUGUUAGUGACGAGAGAUGUGGUGAUAAAAAUACAUAUAUUUGUGAAUAUCUAAAUCCCGGUGAAGGUACAUGCUUGCCGGGAUGGUUCAACUACAGCACCGGAUGUUAUCACUUCCCGGCCGGACACGAUGAUCCUUUCAGCAUGCUAACCUGGACAAAAGCUGAAGAAAAGUGUUCGGGAGCAUCUGUGGCCUCACUUAAACCACAUCUUCUUUAUAUAGAAUCUCAAGAUGAGCUGGAUUACAUAAGGCAUCAGUUACCGUUAAUAUCGCUGACUUCACAGUUAUGGUGGAUAGGUAUGACAGACAAGCAGACGGAAGGCCAAUACAGGUGGACCGACGGAACUCCAGUUAGUAAAAAAUUGGUAUUCUGGGCACAGGAACCUAACAAUUUAGGAGGUCAGGAAAAUUGUGUUUAUACAAAUAGCAACGGCUCUCUCGCAGAUCUGAAUUGUACAAACAAGGAAAGUUACAUUUGCAGCAAAGAAAAUGACAUGAAAGUUAGUCCGAUUGGUGCAUUGGGUUGCCCCAGUGCCUGGACAAGAGCUGGCCACUUCUGUUACCUUAUCGAGACUAACAAAAGAAAAACCUGGUCAGACGCUCUGAAAACUUGUAGCCAAGCUGGUUCAAACCUUAUAAAAAUGGACACACUCGACAAAAAGACAUGGAUAGAAACACAGAACAGUAUAUUUGAAAGUGGACUUUGGUUUUGGACGGGGUUAAACUAUCAAAGAAAUACCUGGAAAUGGGCGGAUGGUUCUAUAGCUGAUAUGAAUCUUAUAAAAUGGAAUAUGGAACCAAACAAUUACAAAGGUGACGAGGCAUGCGCAGUGGCUAUUAAAUCAGGAUCAUUUAAUGACGUCAAUUGUCUUAUAAAGGCGGGAUUUAUUUGUGAAUUGAACACGGAAG